AUGGGCUCCGUCUCUCUGAAGAUCGGAGAUGGGACCGCCCGAUUCAAGCGGGCGACGAUCUGCUCCUCCGCCCUCAACCUCCUCAUGCUCUUCUCCGUCAUCACCACCAAUCUGUUCGCCCUCUACGCCUUCACCCACCACGCCCCCUCCUCCCACCACCUCCACCACUACCCCAAGAACAUCUCCUUGAUCUCCGAAAAAGUCAGCCUCAUCCUCCGGGAGAUCGAAUCCUCCCAGAAAAAGCUUGCCCUGAUGGAGAAACAGCUCCUCGGCUACGAAAGCCUCGAUCUUUCCAAACCCAACAUCCCCGCCGAGCUCAAUCAGUUCCUGAACCGCCACCAAUUGCCUCUGGGCAAAGAUUCGAGAACUGGGAUCACGGAGAUGGUCUCCUCCGUCGGCCAUUCCUGCGGGAAAUCCAUGGAUUUGCUUUCCCAGUACAUGACCUACAAAGUCAACGGCCCUUGCCCGGACGACUGGAGCCUCGGCCAGAAGCUGAUUUUGCAAGGGUGCGAGCCUCUGCCCAGAAGGAGAUGCUUCGCCAAGACAAUGCCGAAAACGGGUUUGCAUCCUUUUCCGGCCUCCUUAUGGAAAAACGUUAGUGAGAAGAUUUAUAGCUGGGCCGGUAUGGGCUGCAAGAAUCUAGCUUGUUUGAAUAGCAAGAAACUGAAUAGGGAUUGUGCCGGUUGUUUUGAUAUAGUUCGUGGGUAUGAGACCCAAAAGUAUGUGAAGGCUAGGGGGAAAAAUGAUUUCUUGAUUGAUGAUGUGUUGGCUAUGGGGAGUGGAGGAAUUCGAAUCGGGUUUGAUAUCGGUGGCGGUUCGGGUACUUUUGCGGCCCGUAUGGCUGAGCGGAAUGUGACGAUUGUGACGGCCACUUUGAAUGUGGAUGCGCCUUUUAACGAGUUUAUAGCUGCAAGGGGACUUUUCCCUUUGUAUUUGAGCCUUGAUCAUAGGUUCCCAUUUUACGAUAAUGUGUUUGACGUGUUGCACGCGGGAAAUGGGCUGGAUGUGGGUGGCCGUCCCGAGAAAUUGGAGUUCUUGAUGUUUGAUAUAGAUCGAGUGCUCAUGGCAGGUGGGUUGUUUUGGUUGGACAAUUUUUACUGCUCGAGUGAUGAUAAGAAAUCGGCCCUCACUCGGUUGAUUGAGAGGUUUGGGUACAAGAAGUUGAAGUGGGUCGUGGGCGAGAGACUAAAUGGAGCGGGGAAGACGGAGGUUUACUUGUCUGCUGUUCUGCAAAAGCCGGUUAGGGUGUAA